GAGACCCACAUGUCCUAAGUGGCUAGAGCUGUAACCCAGGUGUUUGCGGUGAACAUGAGACUCCUGUGGACAUUCCUCUUCCUUGGCUGCCUGCUUAGCAGAAGCCAUGCUUUAUUGGAAGAUUCCAUCUCUGAAUCAGGCAUCAAAAGUGGAGGCGGUGAUACAGGAUUGGAUACAGGAUUUCUGAAUGAUGAUAAAGGUGAAUACAUUAAUCUGGGAGAUGACAGUGGAAAAAUCCCAGCUCCUAUGACCGUUACUUCACCUGUAAAGAUCCCUGAGAUCAAUCCAGACAUUGUGGGUAAAAUUGUUCAGCCUGAGAUGAAUAUUACAGGAGACUUGGACACAAAUGGCAUUACCAGUCAAUUGCCAACACCUGUCCUCAGCCAAGACAUGCUGGCCCAGGAAGGGCUGUUGGGUCCUAUUAUUCUCAACAACCAGAAUCUAGUCACAGAAAGGGAAAAGCUACAAACGCUGCUCCUGGGUGGCAAAGUGUCACUUAGUAUCAAAAAUGACUUCCUGGAGGCAGCAGGGGCCAAGGCUGUGGAAGGCCUGGUCUGCAAAGGCCCCCUGGGUGGCCUUUGUGGCCAUGGGAGUCUCUCUGGCAUGAAUGAUGUUCUGAAGACCAUGAAUUCUGGGAAACUCAACAACUGGUUCAAUGUCACCCGCUUUGACAUUGUCCAGCUGUCAUGGAAGGUCUUUGCCUCAGCCGAUCUUGAACUUAAAUUUCAGACCAAGUUGACUAUCAACUUCUCAGGGGUGCUCUCAUUUCUCAGUGGCUCCACAGUGGAUAUGGACAUCGAGAUCCCCUUGCAUUUGCAACAGACUGAGCCUGGCCAAAUCUCAUUUUCCGUGAAGAGCUGCCGGAUAGUAUUCAUUGGGAUUCAAGUGAAUACAGGUACAUUCUCCACAAUGAUGGAAUCAAUGUUGAAAUGGUCCUUGAACAUCUCCUUACCCAACAUAUUGUGCCCAGUGGUCCGAUUCUGGUUCUACAUCAUCAAUCAACAGUUGGCCAUUCUCAAAAAUAUCGCCUCACUUGGGGUGCCGGGGAACAGCAACCUGCUCGAUACCUCACAACCCAUGCUGUAUGAACGCACUUAUAGCAUAGACUUUACGAACAAAAGCUUCCCGGCUUCUUUCAUCAACUGGUUGAUUAAAACUCCCUCUUCAUAAACAAGUUGAGACACCCUGCUGGCUGGAGAAAGACUUCUAACGUCAGACAACUGUGCAAGGAAGGAAAAGGAGCAAGUGAAGUAAGCCUUGAUGUAGCCCUCAAAGUCUCCAAAGACCAGCCAUGAAGGCUCAAGUGGAGGGCAAGACCUGCAGCAGCCAAGGAUUUGCCAGGGGAGGAUCCUGGGAAGCCCUUUACCAAGACAUACAUUCUUCCUGCAGGUCACACUUGACAGGCCUUUGCUUAUGUAGAUUUAUCAUGGUGUCCUGUGCAGCAUUAAUGACCUGUCAUGCUGUGAACAGAAAGUUAAAUAAAGCAAGCCCCUUUCCCUAGUCACUGCUGUUAAGAACGUAGCAUAAAUAGGCUCAAGUGUCUCUCUAUUCAGGAACAAUAAAGGUCACCUUGGACUCA